AAAUAUUUUUUUCAUCCUUUGUUUUCCCUCUCACCGUCUCAUUGGAGGGAAAACAUCGAAAAUUUUGUACUCUGCCUCCAGUAAACUAAUCUAGGGUUUUGUUAAUCUAUUUCUUCAGCUUAUUUUCUCCGAACUGAUUCUGUAGCAUUUUUCGUUCUGCUAGUCUUUUUUUAUUUGUGUUUACUCGUUGAAAAAGUAAAGUUGUUCUGAAUGCGAUUCUUGCUGCGAGAGCUUAUCGAUUUUGAUUUUCGCAUCAGGAUUAUUGUUCUGGAACUUCAUUUGCUGCUUUGAUUACUCCCACUGAAGUCGGUUAGAUUGUAUAACAUAAUUGGAAGUAGACAUGCAAACCAAGAAAAAAGCCUCCAGGCGAAAUGCUACCCGAGAGUGCGUUUCUCCUAGGGCUUCAAGAGCACAGAAGAAGGUCUCUGAAAAUGGCCAGGUGGUUGAAAAGAAAGUGGCAGAUUUAAUUACAUCUUCUGCAAGAAAGAUUAAACCUGCUUGCGCUAUUGAGAAUAAAGCUGUAGAACCAAUGCCCAUAACUCUUUUGGAUAACAAGAACGGCACUGAAGCAGUUGACGGUGUUUCAGUAGAUUUUGAGGGUUGUAACGAGCAAGCUCUACCUCUGGAGACUGGAACUAUAUUUUCUCCUGGGUUUCACUUAUCUAAAGGUUCUGGAGGAAAGGUUGCUGACAGAGUUGAUUUUGUCCAAAUAUUUCGGUGUGAGGAUCAAAAAAGAAUAUCUCUCGACCAAGAAGUAACACAGUUACCACAGGAGGAUGCAGGAGAUGACCAUGUUAGUCAAGAUUUUGACUCUGCCAUGGAAGUAGACAUAAACAAUUCGUCAAAUGUGCUUGCUAUAAGCACAAAAACUGUCAAUGGUAGCAGUUCUGAUUUUGAUGGAAAUGGUCUUUCCGUGGAAGUUCCUUCCAUAUAUCUUGCCAUGAAAAACUCAAAGCUGGAAUGUAUUGAUGAGCAUGGUCAGGACUCUGUAUCAUCUGAUAUGUGCCCAGAAGAUGAUGAAUUUGAGGAUUAUGACGAUUUUGACCCUUACCUAUUCAUAAAGACUUUACCUGACUUAUCAAGGGUUGUUCCCACUUUUAGACGGAUGUUGCUACCUAAGCAGACUCGGAGCUGCCCUCCUAUUACUCUUGUUCUGGACUUGGAUGAAACUUUGGUGCAUUCUACCCUAGAACCUUGCGAAGAUAUAGAUUUUACUUUCACUGUGAAUUUUAACUGUGAGGAGCACAAUGUCUAUGUGCGCUGCCGUCCUCACCUAAAAGAUUUCCUUGAGAGAGUUUCUGGUCUUUUUGAAAUUAUUAUAUUUACAGCCAGUCAAAGUAUUUAUGCUGAGCAACUCCUAAAUGUGCUUGAUCCAAAGCGGAAGAUAUUUCGCCAUCGUGUAUUCCGUGAAUCCUGUGUUUAUGUGGAGGGGAAUUACCUCAAAGAUUUAACAGUGCUUGGUCGUGAUUUAGCACAUGUUAUAAUAAUCGACAACUCCCCACAGGCAUUUGGGUUCCAAGUGGACAAUGGAAUACCGAUUGAGAGUUGGUUUGAUGAUCCUUCAGAUAGAGAAUUGCUUGUAUUGCUUCCUUUCUUGGAGAGUUUGGUAGGAGUUGAUGAUGUCCGACCCCAAAUUGCAAAAAAGUUCAAGCUCCGGGAGAAAAUUGCUGCAGCUGUGCAUCCUUUAAAUACUAGUAGAAGAGUUUUCUUGUCUGAAUAAAUUGUGUAUUGAACAAUGUUUAGGAAAGGAAAGCACUUUUUGUAUUUUAUAACAUUCUUGUUCUUCUAUUGUGAUAUUAACAACAUCUUUCUCUUUGUUGUUGAGGUUGUAAUGAUAAUAUUGAACUAAAAAAAGGGGGAAAAUAUGAGUGUAAGCGUGUCCAAACUAGUGCGGAGGAUGACUGGUUGAUUGUCAUCCAUGGUAAUAAAACCCCCCUAAUUGAUUAUGGAUA